UGCACCGCACUUGCGCACACCAGUCUGGCAGUGGGGGCCGCGCCGUACUGCCAGAGCCGGUGGGCAGUCCUGCUUCUAAUGACAGACGUGAUGUAAGUGUCUGUUAGUAUCGUAAAACCUGACAGCUACACAGAAGAAGGGAGAUGACCUGCAACCCCGGAGGGGCAGGGACAAUCCUCCACGUGGUGGCAGGGGCAGGGACAAUCCUCCACGUGAUGGCAGGGGCAGGGACAGUCCUCCACGUGGUGGCAGGGGCAGGGACAGUCCUCCGCGUGGUGGCAGGGGCAGGGACAGUCCUCCGCGUGGUGGCAGGGGCAGGGACAGUCCUCCACGUGGUGGCAGGGGCAGGGACAAUCCUCCGCGUGGUAGCAGUGCAGGGAUAAUCCUCCACGUGGUGGCAGGGGCAGGGACAAUCCUCCACAUGGUGGCAGUGGCAGGGACAAUCCUCCAUGUGGUGGCAGUGGCAGGCACAGCCCUCCACAUAGUGGCAGGGGCAGGGACAAUCCUCCACGUGGUGGCAGGGGCAGGGACAAUCCUCCACGUGGUGGCAGUGACAGGGACAAUCCUCCAUGUGGUGGCAGUGGCAGGCACAGCCCUCUGCAUAGUGGCAGGGGCAGGGACAAUCCUCUACGUGGUGGCAGGGGCAGGGACAGUCCUCCACGUGGUGGCAGGGGCAGGGACAGUCCUCCACGUGGUGGCAGGGGCAGGGACCGUCCUCCACGUGGAGGCAGGGGCAGGGACAAUCCUCCACAUGGUGGCAGUGGCGGGAGCAGCCCUCCACGUGGUGGCAGGGGCAGGGACAAUCCUCCACGUGGUGGCAGUGGCAGGGACAAUCCUCCACGUGGUGGCAGUGACAGGGACAAUCCUCUGUGUGGUGGCAGUGGCAGGGACAAUCCUCCACGUGGUGGCAGUGGCAGGCACAGCCCUCCGCAUGGUGGCAGGGGCAGGGACAAUCCUCCGCGUGGUGGCAGGGGCAGGGACAGUCCUCCACGUGGUGGCAGGGGCAGGGACAGUCCUCCACGUGGUGGCAGGGGCAGGGACCGUCCUCCACGUGGAGGCAGGGGCAGGGACAAUCCUCCACAUGGUGGCAGUGGCGGGAGCAGCCCUCCACGUGGUGGCAGGGGCAGGGACAAUCCUCCACGUGGUGGCAGGGGCAGGGACAAUCCUCUGCGUGGUGGCAGGGGCAGGGAGGCUGACUCAGCUGACAUUCUGUGUGCCUGGUCUACUGGCCUGAGGUUGUUCUGAAGGGACUGAGAGGAGAUGUUGGAGGUUUGGUUCCCCACCAGCCACCCAGCACAAACCAGGGGUCUGAGGACCUUUGCACUGUCCCAAGAUCUGAGUGGGACGGACUUUGGAAGGGCAUGUAGCAUUCAAUCAUAUGUGUGACAGAAACUGGUAAGCAGGAAGCUGUGUACUCAGAGACAUGUGUGCUUGUCAUUUGAAGACACGUGGUGCCACCCAGCUGCCCAAGGCAUAGCCCUGUGGAAGCUGCCAGCGUCUUAGUGGGUUUGAUGCUCCUCCCAUAAGAACUGCGUGAAGCCUUCUCACCAGUGGCAGCCCUACAAGGAUCCCUAGGAAGACACAGAGUUUCUUUCUUUCUUCUCUUUUCUUUCUUUUUUUUUUUUGAGACAG